AUGAAGCUAGAAAUUGACAAAGAUCUCUUACCGAUUAAGGCGCAUUAUUUCUUCUUCAUGGGAAGUCUUGGACCCAUUUUACCACAAAUGGUCAUGUUUGGGAGGCAACUGGGUGUGUCUCCAACAGUUAUGGGAUUUUUUCUGUCCAUGCUUCCGUUCCUUUACUUCUUUGCCAAGCCUUUAGUUGGUAUGCUAGCUGACUAUUUCUCUAAAGCUAGAAAAUUAAUUUUCUUAUCACUUGUUGCAAUCAUGACUUUGUCAUAUGCUGGUUAUAUAUUUCUACCACAACAAACUAGUCAAAAUAGUUUUAAUGUGACUGACAUUUUAGGUUGUGAUGAGCUUAAUUCUCAAAAUAUCGAUGUGUGCCUUAAUUACCACAAUGUGGUAUGCCAACUUCCUGAAAAUAAUUCAUAUAAUAAAUCUGACAGCAUUAAUUUAAAAAUAACACGGCUGCAUGGAGAGAAGCUUCUAUGCCAUAAAGAUACUGGAUAUUUAGCUAUAAAUUCACAAAUUGACUGCAUCACAACACAAGAUAUUGAGGCACCGUCUUGUUUUUAUAAAACUUGGACAUUUUGGACUUUUAUUACGCUCACAUAUUUAGGAACAAUUGGAUUUAAUGUUGGCAAUAGCAUUAGCGAUGCCAUAUGCUUUGAUGUGCUUGGCGAGAGUCGACAUAUGAAGUACGGUAAGCAAAGAAUUUAUGGAAGCAUUGGAUUUGCAAUCACAUCACUAAUUGCUGGUUAUGCAAUGGAUCUCAAUGGAAAUGACUUUACAGCAGCUAUACUUCUUGUUUUGGCAUUUGGAUUGCUUGACAUGUUCAGCAUUGUUAAACUUAAAAUGCCAAAACUUCACUCAUCUGAAUCUAUUUUUAAGGACGUAACUAGAUUAUUAAGGCACAGAAAAAUAGCAAUAUUCAUAGCCUUUGCCACAAUUGCAGGCAUUUUUGACUCCUUUAUAUUUUACUAUAUGUUUUGGCAUCUUGAAGACGUAGCUGAAAAGGUUGGAUUAAAGCAGCAUGUUAAAUUAAUUGAGGGAAUGACAAUCGCUGUUGAGUGCCUUUUUGGGGAAGUCCUAUUUUUCCUCGUAUCCGGAAAAAUCAUCAAGAAGCUUGGAUAUGUCCAUUGCCUUUCAUUCUGCUUCUUUUGUUAUGCAUUGCGAUUAUUUUUCAUAUCAUUGAUUUCAAGUCCAUGGCAUCUCGUGAUAAUUGAAAUUCUCAUGCAAGGCUGCACAUAUGCUUUGAGCUACACGUGCAUUGUUGCAUAUGCUGCCGUAAUAGCACCUCCUGGAACAAGUGCAACUGUCCAAGGCAUUGUUGCAGGAAUGGAUGAUGGAUUAGGUUUUGCAAUCGGAUCAUUUUUCGGUGGAUUUCUUUUUCAAACUGUCGGUGGAAAAAAGAGCUUUCAGAUUUAUGCAUGUCUCGCAUUUGUCACAUGCAUUGCUCACAUUUUAUUAAGACCUACAUCAACACAUGAGAUACGAACGACUGUAAAAGAGAGCAACAAUGAAAUGAAAGAGAGGCCGAUAGAAAAAGAGAUUGAGGAGGAGAAGCUGAACAUUCAGAGCACGUGAUAACGUUUAAUUUUUUAAAAUGGCAUUAGAGAUUCUCUUUAAAAUACUUUGUAAAAAAGGUUGUGAUCGAAGCAGGCUUUAUUUAAAUUAAUCAUUCAUCACUUUUUUUGUAUAAAAUCAAAAUGUUCAGUAAGAACAAUCAACAUCACAUUUCAAUUCAGCCAUACUGUAAUAUAAAGCAAAAGAUUUUUGACAAUUGUGUAAAUAAAAUUUUCUUUGACCAAGUUCCGAAACCCGAAAAAAGUCAACAAAUGGCAACAAUUGAAAUAUUUAAGAAAAAUCAAGACACAAAGCUGACACGUGGAUAUGGGACAAUUGGAUUCGAGAAUCUGGUGAGACUUUGUGGGAUUCUUUUUGUGAAUCAAACGUGCUUUUGCUGUUGUUGACUUUUGUUGCUUCUUUUGAUGUUUUACUCCUCGUUGCAUAAAAUGUGGU